GGAGGGCAGAGGGCACACUUCCAAAAUUCACUAAAAUUGUAACCUAUAUAAAGUUUAUCUAGCCACUAUCAUCAAGCUUGUACCUAAGUUUUCCAUAUCCUCCUGCACAUACUGUGCUGAUAGAUUUUGUUUCGCCGCGCAUUUGAAGAAAGUCAACAAUGUUUUUGUGAUAUUUUUCAACGGGUUCAGACUUGCCCCAUGUUCCUGCGCGAAUGACUCGAGAUCUGAGAGAAAUCGCUCGCCAUCUGUAGAUCCUAUCAAGAAAUGCAGCACUAGAUCUACAAACUUCUUAAAUCCUUCAUCGUUAAACUUAUUUAAAGCUUUAACAUCACUGAACAUUUGAUUUCCUGGCGUUUCUUUCGUGAAAUGGAACGUCACAUUUGCAGCCAUUUUGUUGUUUUUCUGCUUUCUGUUUCCACUUCUCUAAAAUAUUUCUUCGACAAAAAUCUAUUGCGGAGAAAAUCUUCAAUUAUUCAAAGUGGAAGCUGGAUCCAUGAAGGAAUUUUAUAUCCACGUUUGCACCUGAAUGAUAACAUAUAUUCCUAUAUAUACCUUUUUACUCGUCAAUUACCACAUAUAUCCUAAAUAUUAGCCUUGUGUACCUUCGUACUCAAAUUUAUCCCUAUUUGUUCUUAUAUGACUAUUUGUGUACCCUAAUAACACUAUUUAUCCCAUAUGACCUAAUUGUAUACCUAUUUAUCCCAAUUUACUCUUGUGUGAUCCAAUUGUGCACCUUUGUAAUUACCCCUAUCCCUAUUUAUCCAUAUACGAUUCAUUCGUGUACCUUAGUAGCCGUGUAUUAGUCCCUAUAAUAACCCAUUAUGUACCUUAAUAAUUCCCCAAAUUCCCAACUACCCUUGUAUAUCCACAUAAAGUAACAAAAAUCCCCAAAUAUCCCAACUUUCGUGCCCAAGCCUAUUAUUUAGUGACACGAUAUCAAGAGAAAACAUUUUAGAAGACUUAGAAAAUUUAUAAAAGUUCAACAAAACGCACGUGAUUUUUAAAGUAUCGAAAUAUUUACAAUGGUUCUUUUGGAAAACGAAGCAGUAAGUAUUUGCUGUGAAAAUCCUUCUUUUAUACGUAGGAUCGUUAUGUGGCUUAUAACUACACUAUACAAUCGAAAAUGGCAAAAGUGUUGUCCAUCAAGUCUUUGUUUAUAUAUUUUAGUUUUUAACUCGACUCACAUAUCUCUAUAACAAGACGAGGACGUCAGGAACUGUCUGGAUUACAAUGAAAGCAUGUAAGUUUUGUUUUAUACAGGUAUAUAACUUGUACUUUUAGAUCAGUUUGUCCCAAGUUUCUAUAAACCAGUUCACCAGAAGCUCUGAAUUCAGGGAAGUUUUCAUUUAGGGGGGGGGGGGGUGAGGUGGUUUACCAGAUUUGACUUGAUUCACCAAGAUGAACUUUUUCCUAGAUAACGGCAGAACAAAGCCAAUACCACGAAGAAAGAAAAAAGAUAAAAAUGCUUUACUGGAGAUGGAGGGAAGCGAAAGUAAAUGUCUUAUUAGAGCAACAAAUGGAAAAAAGAAGAUCAGUACAGUGGUAAGGAGAAAUUGUGAUACAUUUUGUAGUUUGGGACAAGUUGUUUGUUGCGUGUUAUUUAUUCCACAGAUACUUGCUUACUUGACAUAACAAAUUGUUUAUUUUCAGAUUAAUUCAAAAGAUGUAAACAGAUUUCAACAGGUAAUAAUUGUAGUAAGUUUUGGGAUUCAUACAUCUGAAGUACGGUAUCAUCGUUUAUUGUGAUAUUAUUAUUAAACCCUAUCUGGUUAUUCACCAUCUUUUGAUUCAUUUCACUCCAGGCAUAUACAAGCGUACUAAAGGGAUGCCUUGAUAAUUUAAAGAAACGAGAAAGAAAGACGGCGAAAAGCAAGAAAGCAAAGGCAACUCAAUGAAUUCUGCAGCCAUUAUAAAGUAUACAGUGAUACACUGUGCUGUAGAUAGUCAACUUCUCAAGCCAGGCUUUUUCUAUCUUCGCUCGUGUGGUUUUCUAAAAUAUGCUCAGGACUAGCAAAGAUAAAGAGCGUCGCUUGUAUGGCGUGCACAGUGCACACAGCUAGUUCAUUGAAGUUUUCCCAAACCUGAAUAGUUGGCCUAUCCAACAAACAUAUACAGCCUACGAAUACAGCUGUGUCACAUUGGGUGGUUUCAAUACACUGCCCGAGAGAGAUGGCUGUAUUUGCAGGCUAACAAACACAUUGUGAAUGGAGGGAUAAACAUACAUGAAUUAGCUAUACAGGGUGUAUAAAAAAAACUGAACAGAUUUGAAAUUGCUCUCAAUUUCGCAAAACGCCUAUUUGUAUCUGGUUUUUAUAUAUAUAGCUUCUUUCGGUACUUAUAAUGUAAAAUAAUGAAAAAUAUUUCUCGAACUCAAAUUUUGUGAACCAGGGGGGGGUGUCUUUUCCAACAAAUUAAAAAUGGCUCGCGCACAAAAUUUAAAAGCUGUAAUCAUAUUUUGAGUUAAUAGAUUGAAAAUUUGUCGGGUUUUUAAUUACUGUACAAAAUUUCAGACAAUUUGGUUUAGUUUAAACCCUUUAAC